CCAGUCUUGAUAGGUUUAUCAGGUAUUAUUAUCUACUUAACUAACCUAGCUAACAUUGCAUGAUGGCUUUUUUUAAACAUAGCUUAUUUAUGAGCGCCCCCUCUUUCCCCCCUUUCUUAAAUAGUAAGUUACAUUAGUAUAAAUUAUUCUGUGCUUAGUCUGUUAAAAUGAAUAGCAAAAUUGAAUAAACCUUUGUUACUUUAUAGCAGUCUUUUUUCCCAAAUGAAUGUCUCUGGCAUUAUGAAAUGUUUAAAAUCUGAGUAAUAAUUUGUCUCCAACCACUCAACUUCUGUUUGCUAGAUUGUUCUGCAAAAGGGCAGUUGAAUGUUUCUUGGAACAAAUGUGAUUGCAGCACAUACUUCAGGGUUACUCAGAAUUUAACACCACAUAUCUGUGAUAACAUCCAGUGCUUCACCCCCACAUCAUGUAAAGAUACUUUCACAUGCAUGUGACCACUGCCGCCUCCAUUAGCAAAUUCAGUGGAUUGGAUUUGAAACGGAACAGAAAUAGUAAGAUGAAUAAUGUUGCCAUGUGACACCCCAGAUUUACACUUAAUAGUUAAGAGCAGAUGCAAAAUUGUGCCUUUCUGAAAGCAGUAUGGGGAGAAGAGAGAACAUACUCAGAAUCUUUUUUUUGGGGGGGGAUACAUUUUAGCAUUUUCUUGCAAGUCCCUCUUGUACUUCAUGCAUAUGUUAACAGGAUAUAUUACUGUAAUGCUGCAACAUGCAAAGCAAAUACACUUACAGCAUGAAGAAUGUUUCCAAUUGUUUUCUCUUACAAGGCUGAAAAAAUUAUAUGGGGUAAUCAGUAGGACACUUUAAUAUUCAGAUACUGCACUACAGAUUAUUCAUCUGAUUUUGAAAAAUAUAAGAUUGUUCAGCACUGUACAUAAAAAGUAAUACAUGUGCGGAGAGGCCCAUGUGGUUUUUUUUCCUUAUCAAAGAAUACAAAUGUUUUUAUAUUUAUUUAAUAAAGAGGGUAACUUUUGAGAAGAACACUGAUAAAAUAAACAUAUUGAUGAAGAAGAAAGAAGCAAAAAGUUGGGAAAAAGGGGAAAUAAACCUUAUUUGAGAACACUAUUGUGCACAUUUUACUAAAUAAAACUCAUACAAAAUUAAUUUGUGACAGUCUUUGAUAUGUUUAAAGAAUAUGCAUGUAUCCAUAUAUUUAAAAAUCCAACCAUAUAAAUAUUUGAAUGAUGAAGUGGAUGAUAAUUCAAGAAAGCUUUUGUGAUAAUAUGUCCAUCUUUAAGAAUGUGACCAUUGUCAAAUAAGAUGAGUUUCUCUAUAGAAAUCUAUUACAAAUUAUCCUUUAACCUUUUUCCACCUAGAAUAUGCUGGCUCAUACUGUUUUCAUUGUUGAGCAAAAAGUAUGCCCCAAAUAACCUGCAAAAUGAGUUGAAACAUCAGAAGAGAGAAGAAAGGGAUAAAUACCCCAGGCCUUCAGGGAAAUCUAUGUUCUUCCAUGGCAUUUUGGAAUUGGAGGGGUUGCUGCUGCAGUGGUUUAGACUUAGUUCAUUUCUAUCACUUAUUCUGAUAAUAGAAAAUAAAAUAUUAGCGCAGUGUAUUUAGAACCAAGAAAUAAUGUAUUAGGGUGUGUUGCUAUUUGGGUUUGUUUUCCCCAAAUAGAAUAAUUUAUCAGCCUGCUCAUUUUCAAGAUAAAGAGGCAUCACUGAUAAGCUUUCCAUUCCUGCCUCUUAUAGCAGUAGCCUUGCUUGCUAGUAGCUGCUAUCAUUGAGAACAGGGUCUGUUUAAAUGGAAGAAUUGCUCACAGAGGAGCGGAAAUGAAGCAGGAGGAUGACCUUUUACUGAAGCAAAAUCAGGUCAAGAUACAGCACUAUUUACAAGGAGGAAAAGCGGAUAUUCAACAGAAGAAUUGGCUAUGGGGGACUUCAUUUCUGUCUUUACAGUUUUUGAUAGUUUUUUUUUUCACUUCCAGAUAUCUUGUAUGCACACACACACCUUUGGCUUUCCGGUAUAAUCUUUCAAAACCAGGAAGAUGAAAGCACCCCAAAAGCAUGGAAGCAAAAUCUUACAAUAUGCAGUCCUGGGAAUGAAGGUUUUUCCUAUGUAAUGUGCAGUAUCUGCAGAGUUUAUUAUGACAUGUUUCUGGGGGUAUAUGUGGCAUUAUCCUCUCUCCCUUCCUCUAUGUUUACGUUUCUGUAUUAAGCAGAAGCGGACAAAAUAUCACUAAUCUGAUCUUACAUUAGCAUAGCUCUUGCAUGUAGUCUUUAUUCAGCAGACAGUUUGCCCCAGCUUAGCCAAGAUCAGUAAGCUUGCACGUCUCCGGCUUUCCAUUCCCGCCCCUUCUAGCGGUAGCCUCCCUCACUAGUAGCUCUUGUAAGAGGAAGUGCUCUUGGUUGUUUUAAAAAAGAGCUGUCAUGAUUUGCAGCAUGGGGAGGAGGCAGCUGGAUAAACAGAGACCUCUCUUUCCAAACUAGGACUGAAUCUCCACAGGCUGGCAGCCUGUCCUCUUCCAGUGGCCCACACUCUUCACCUGCAGGAUUUCUCCUUCAGCUUCGGAUCAGCCCCUAAUCUCCAUGGAAUCCUUUUUCAAAAAGCACUUCAGGAGGAAGAUUGCAUCAUCAGGGCCCCAACGCACCAGUGUGGUGGCCUUGCCUGCGAGCAGAGCAAGGCGGCGUUCUGUGAAAAGCCAUUGCCAAGUCAGGACUCCAGCACAUGGUAGCCCAGCCAACCCCCACAUUCGCCUUAAGAAGUGACUCAGAGAGGGAGAUUCGUAAUUCUGUUGAUUGGAGUGAAACUGCAGUUUAUGGGGAGCACAUCUGGUUUGAAACCAAUGUCUCUGGGGACUUCUGCUAUGUGGGGGAACAAAACUGUGUGUCAAAAAUGCUGCAAAAACCUAUGUCCAAGCGCAAAUGUGCAGCCUGCAAAAUUGUAGUCCACACACCCUGCAUAGAACAAUUAGAAAAAAUUAAUUUCCGAUGCAAGCCUUCCUUUAGGGAAUCUGGAUCAAGGAAUAUCCGGGAGCCUACUGUUGUGCGGCAUCAUUGGGUACACCGGAGACGCCAGGAAGGGAAAUGUCGACAAUGUGGAAAGGGUUUCCAGCAGAAAUUUGCCUUCCACAGCAAGGAAAUUGUAGCCAUCAGCUGUUCCUGGUGUAAGCAGGCAUACCACAGUAAAGUUUCAUGCUUCAUGCUGCAGCACAUUGAAGAGCCCUGUUCACUGGGGGCACAUGCUGCUGUUGUCAUCCCUCCCACCUGGAUUUUGCGUGUCCGUCAUCCCCAAAACCCUCUGAAGUCAAGUAAGAAGAAAAAAAGGACUUCCUUCAAACGGAAAUCCAGCAAGAAGGGACCUGAGGAAGGAAGAUGGAAACCUUUUGUUAUCAAGCCCAUCCCAGCACCUCUCAUGAAGCCGCUGCUUGUGUUUGUGAACCCCAAGAGUGGUGGGAAUCAGGGAACAAAGAUAUUCCAAUCUUUUAUGUGGUAUCUCAACCCUCGGCAAGUUUUUGAUCUCAGCCAGGGAGGUCCCAAAGAAGCGUUGGAGUUGUAUCGUAAAGUACACAACUUACGGAUUCUGGCAUGUGGAGGAGAUGGUACAGUGGGAUGGAUCCUGUCAAUUUUGGACCAGUUACGCCUGAACCCUCCACCUCCUGUGGCCAUUCUUCCUUUGGGGACAGGAAAUGACCUAGCAAGAACACUGAACUGGGGCGGGGGAUAUACUGAUGAACCGUUGUCAAAAAUCCUGUCUCAUGUAGAAGAGGGGGAAAUUGUGCAACUUGAUCGCUGGAAUCUACAGGUAGACCCCAAACCUGAGGGAAAUCCAGAAGAGAAGGAUGAAACAGCCACAGAUAAGCUCCCUCUUGAUGUCUUCAACAAUUACUUCAGCCUUGGUUUUGAUGCUCGAGUGACACUGGAAUUCCAUGAAUCUCGAGAGGCCAAGCCAGAGAAAUUUAACAGUCGAUUUCGGAAUAAAAUGUUCUAUGCUGGGACAGCAUUCUCUGAUUUUCUCAUGGGGAGCUCUAAAGACUUAGCAAAACACAUCAAAGUAGUGUGUGAUGGAACAGAUCUGACUCCCAAGAUCCAAGAUCUUAAGCCUCAAUGCCUCGUCUUCCUAAACAUUCCAAGGUACUGUGCAGGCACUAUGCCUUGGGGCAACCCUGGAGAGCAUCAUGACUUUGAACCCCAGCGCCAUGAUGACGGCUGCCUUGAGGUCAUUGCCUUCACCAUGACCUCGCUGGCAGCACUGCAAGUGGGUGGCCAUGGAGAGCGGCUGCACCAGUGCCGGGAGGUGGUACUUACCACAUCCAAAGCCAUCCCCAUGCAGGUGGAUGGGGAACCUUGUAAACUGGGAGCUUCCUGCAUACACAUUUCACUGCGCAACCAAGCAAAUAUGGUGCAGAAGACCAAGAGGAGAAACUCCAUGCCUCUAUUGAAUGAUCAACAACCAGUUCCAGAACGGUUAAGAAUCCGUGUAAGCCGAAUUGGCAUGCAUGACUAUGAGGCACUUCAUUAUGACAAGGAGAAACUCAAAGAAGCUUCCGUGCCUUUAGGAAUUAUUGUGGUUCCAGGAGACAGUGAUUUGGAAUUAUGCCGGACCCACAUUGAAAGGCUUCAAGAGGACUUCCCUUCUUGCACUUCCACUAUUCAGAAUCUAUUUCCUCAGGAGGGAGAUGGAGCCAAACCAAAGACAUUGUCAUGCCAGAAGCUCUCCCCCAAAUGGUGCUUCCUAGACUCAACCACAGCAGAUCGUUUUUAUAGAAUAGACCGUGCCCAGGAACAUCUUAAUUAUGUAACAGAGAUCUCCCAGGAUGAGUUGUUUGUGUUAGACCCAGAACUGGUGCGCACUCAAACAGUGGGCACAUCUGCCAUGCCUGAUCUUGUUGAUGUUCCCUCAACACCUACAAAGCAACACCUUCCUCUCCCAAUUUCACCACCAUCUACACCAGUCUCCAGCUCAGCAGUGGACAGCAGCCAGACCCUUAAAGAUGAUGCUUUGAUAGAUGCUGCCAAGAAUAAUGAUUUCUCCAAGUUCAAAGAAUUGCACCGGGCUGGCAAAGACUUGAUGAUGCGUGAUCCCACAGGCCAAACUGUCCUUCACCAUGCUGUCAAAUCAGGGAGUAAGGAGAUUGUGAAAUACAUAAUUGAAAACGCUCCUGCAGAAAUUUUGGAUGUGGCAGAAGAAGAGAAUGGCGAGACGAGUUUGCAUCAGGCUGCAGCGCUUCAUCAGCGGACCAUCUGCCAUUACAUAGUGGAGGCUGGAGCUUCACUGAUGAAAACAGAUUUGCAGGGAGACACACCCAAGCACAGAGCUGAGAAGGCAAACGAUCCCGACCUGGCUGCCUACCUCGAAAAUCGACAGCACUAUCAGAUGAUCCAGCGGGAGGAUCAGGAAACAGCCGUGUAGCACUCAGCAUGCCUUCAUCGUUUCCUGGGGGGCAGAGAAGCCGAGUAGCGCGGGAACCUGGCUAGCCUUUUCUUGAAUGUCCAUCACACAGAGGAUCCAGAGUUUUCUGUUUAGGCUUGGCCACGGUGCUGUUAUUUAUUUAUGUAGUGGGUAUUGAACAAUGCUGACUGCCACAUCCCUCACCGCCAUCACAUUCCAUGGAUGGAUACCUCUGCCUGAUAUUUCAUUUCUAUCUGCUUCCAAGUUUUCUUGACCCUCGUCGCUGCUGCUCUCAAAGCAGGAAAAAUACUCCCUUCUAGCUAUUGGUGGAGCUCCAUUUCAGAUAUCUGCUCCAUCCCCAUGCCACCAUUGUGCAACUUCGUGUUAUCUCCCUAAAGGCAGCAUCUGCAACCCCUUUUAGAUCCUCUGAAGCUUCAUUCCACUGAUUCUGCUGAUUUCCCAGCAGUGGGUAUUGUCUUUCUCAAUAUGGUAGCAAUGCCCGUUGUCUUGGUAUAUUCUAUACUGGAAAUUUGCUAGCACAAUUUUUGAGAAGGCAUACAAGAAGAGACCUGUGUUUAUUUGCUAUAGCCCUUUCUUGUUAUUCAGGCACUGUAGUACUCAAUUACUUGUGUAAACUCUGGGUGACAGUCACAUUGGCAAGCAAUCCAAGUAUCCAAAGCAAGCUAUGGGCUUGGUUUGCAUCCUCUCAGCACAAUAUAUCCCUCUUCCUCCCUUUCUUUUAUUCCCUUUACUAUGUUGACCCUGUAUUGCAAAGCCCAUGCUGUAGAGGGUGUUUAUAUAUCUUGCAAAAACAGGGAACACCAGGUCAAAUCCCACUCCUUCCAAUUUAAGCUGCUGCAAGCUGAGUUUUGAGACUGCCGCACUAAAUGUUUUGAGCAAAGUGCCUCCUCUCCAGGUUUCUUUCCCCCCCAUCUUUUCUCUCUCUUUCUGUUCUCAUAUAUUACCUUUUUCUGCUUUUUGCAUUCACCGAUUUAGGAAAUAGCAGCCAGUUGUAAGCAUAUUCGAAAUAGGUUUGGAAAGCUUGAGGUUUGCUGAAAAGGGGAGAGAAAUCUCAUCCGAAAAGGCCAUUGGCACUUGCCAUACCUAAGGACAAAGCAUUAUCAGUACGGAAAUUACCUUUUCGUUUUAAGGAGAUAGGAGUAACUAUAAAAUGCAUCAAUAUAAAGGGAACUAUUCCUAUCAGCUAGCGUUAAUGGCACAUUUUUACCCAGGGACUUGUACUGACAGUAGUAGUAAUGAAUGGAAAAGUUCCUGUACAGUCAUCUGACUUCUUGCCUAAAAAAGAAUGGUCUCUGGAAUUGGUUCCUAGACUCAUGCAUAGACACAGGCUACCCACAUCAAUUUAUAAUAUUUUGGUGCACAGACUUAACAAUGUGCAAGUCCUAUGGGCACAAUUGGAGGCAGAUCCUAAUUGUCAUCCUGAGAUGUUUUGUUUACCCAAGUCUCCCAUCACUACCUGUCCCGUUUUGGGGGGUUUUCUAAAGCAAAGCAACCCAAAACUUCCCAACACUUAAUGUUCAGAGAAUGUGCUAUAUAGUCAGCCUGCGUGUAGAUUGAAUUGAUACCCAACUGAUUCGCUAAAACAGGGACUAUAUGAAAUCUAGCGGUCGUGCAAAUGAACAUAUAAACAUACUGUUCUACCUGAACAGUUCAGAUUAAAUAAUUUCAGUGCUCUACUUGGUCAAGAAGAGUGGACUGAAACUGGACCAAAGGUUUUUUUUUAAUAAUUUACAUCUCCAGUGUGGGCAAGAAUUCUUAAAUCUCAUUGAGGCUAUGGGUUCUGUUGUGAAACUUGAAAAAUAGAUGGCUUUCUGAGGACACUGGAUCACAAAUGUAAGGACCCAUAGAAGACAGUUUUGUGCACAAAAUAUGUUUAAACCGAGCAUCUUAAAAGAGCAGGAGAAGCAAACUGCUGGUGAAAUCAGCAGUAAUUUACCAGGGAUUAUCUUCCAUAGAUGCAAGAGUUUGAAUUUAGAAAGAACAGGCUUUAAAGUCAUGAUUCUCCUAAUUUUAGGAGGCUCAAUGAGAUUAGAGUCAAGAAUUUCUUACAUGUCACUCAGAAAUGUAAGAAUAUAUCUGACUGGAAGCUUGUCCUCUUUCAAGGCUGAGCUUGCCUGCCUUCUGUAUCUAAUGCUUUUAAGAUUGAGAUGCUAAAUAUCUCUGAUAGCGCCUGAGACUUGAAACAAUGGCCAAGUGUCCAUUUGAGCCCACUCUGGAAACUAGCUUUUUCCCUCUGGUUGUGUCCCUGUCUUUUAAACAUGGCACUAAGCAAAGGAUAAUACCACAAAGCAGACUGCACUCUGAGCACAGGUCCCAGGCAAGAUGUUAAUUGUUCUAAAUCAGAAACACUUGUCAUCUCUUUGACAUCACCCCUCCUUUCCUCUCCACAGAUGUGGUAGAACAGCCAAAACAUUUGGGCAUCUGAGGGUGGUGCUGACUCACAGCUGCACCAUAUCAAGUCCAAGUGGUUGGAUCAGCUAGGUCUUUGGCCUUGUACAGCCCACUGCUGUGCCAAUAAUGGCGACUUCCCAUCCUGCAUGACAUGGCUAUGUUGUAGGUCAAUUGAAGAGAAUGCCUCAUUGCUUUGCUCUAAACUAGGAGGACUCAUGCUCUGGAUUUUUAAAAUUGUAAACAUUCCUCUCUAUAAACAAGCUGGCUCCCUAAAUGUGUUUUAUAGCCCCAUAGGUAUGCUAUCUUCUCUUCCUCCCUUUUAUAUGUCUUCUUAAACUUUGUACAGGUAGUUCAAAAGCACACUGUUUCCUCAUCUCUAAAUGUUUGUUUGUGCAUGUGUGUGUCCUAAGCUGAGUUGCUGUGCAAUUCAAACCUUGGCCUGUUCUACUCCAAGGGGGAAGGAGUGUGUUUGAGAGUGUUUUUCCCCCUGUGCAAUACCUGAUUCCCAUUUCCUAGAUUCGGACUAGUAGGAUACUUUUGGUUUGAUUGUUUUUGGUUUGGUUUGUUUUUGUUUUUUUAAUGUAACUACAUUGGAAGCUUGUGCUUCUGACUUUCUCUUUGACAGUUUAAAUGUUUUGUUGAGUUUUGCCAUUAAAAUAGAAGGAUGAACAUUUUA